AUGGCUGAGUGGCUUAAGGCAUUGAUUGUAUCAUGGGUUCAAAUCCCAUUUCUUUCGGCACGGAAGUGGAACGGGCGGGCCAAAUUACGUGAGAGAAAGAACCUCUUGGUGUGUGUUGGUGGAGUUCCCCGGAGGAUAGAAAAGCAUUACUUAGUGAGCGGAGAGCCCGUUGGGCGUUGUUUUGACCGGCCUAUCUUCUUUUAUAAGCAAGCUCUCUCCGGCAGUCCCUGGGCGGCUUCAGUUCUUGAACAUGUUGGGAGAGGAGAUUAG